AUGCCUUCAGUUGCAACAAUCCAUAGGCGUAAUGUCUACAGCAAGGAUGUCUAUACCUUCUACCCCGUGCUCAUUAUCGGCGCUGGAGAAUCAGGGGUUGCCAUGGGCUGUCGUCUGAAAGAAGUCCUUGGCACUGAUCAAUUUCGAAUCUUUGAGAGACAGUCUGGAGUCGGCGGCACUUGGUGGAUCAAUCGCUACCCUGGUGUUGCUUGUGAUAUUCCGGCCCUCUUCUACUCAUUCUCAUUUGCGCCAAAGAAGAAUUGGUCAACUAUACAUCCACCAGGCUCGGAGAUUGCGCUGUAUAUCUCAGAUGUCUGCGAACACUAUGGAAUCAUGGACAAGAUCCAGUUUCACACAGACAUUCGACAGAUUCGGUGGAUCGAAGAGGAUGAGGAGUGGGAAAUCAUCUUGGCCCACCUUGUUCCAGGAACUGGUGAUCUAUCCCAAUACGAGCGAGAUCAGCUCGCUGCCAAAGAAGGCUCACACAGUGUGUAUAUCACAACCGAGAAGGUACGCGCCAAGGUUGUUGUCAGCGGCGUCGGUUCAUUAGUGGAGCCAAGGACAUGGCCGAAAGAUAUUCCUGGUAUCGAGGACUUCCAAGGAGAAAUCGUCCAUACAGCACGGUGGAACCCAAACAUAGAUUUCAACAAUAAGGAUGUCAUCGUACUUGGAUCCGGCUGCAGUGCGGCACAAGUCGUUCCUGAGCUGGUUAAACCUGAGUUCAACGCUCGGUCUGUUACGCAAUUUAUGCGUACUCCCCCUUGGGUCCAGCCAGAUUUGAUGACGCCUGGUCAGGUUGACUGGUGGAAGAGGUGGAUGCCGACAUUAAUGACGAACGUCCCCGGUUUAUUAAGCUUGCUUCGAAGAACUUCAUUCUUCCUGUCCGAGGAGAUUUAUUUUGCUAUCUUUCCCAAGACUGCUUAUGCCGCAUUGCGGAGACCGAUGUUGGAAAAGAAAUUCCUGGAUCAUAUGCGCCAGGUUGCUCCAAAGGAAUACCACGAAAUCCUCACGCCAAAUUAUCCCCUCGGAUGCAAGCGACGUAUCAUCGAUAGUACCUGGUACCGGAGCCUGAACGAGCCAAACGUUGAGUUGACUACAAGCCCGUUGACGCAUAUUUUUGCGAGAAGCGUUGCUAUGGGACCUGGAUGCUAUUACCCUCCUGGUAAAGAAGACUCUGUCAUUAAAAGGAAGGAAAUUCCGGCAGAUGUGAUCGUCCUAGGCAAUGGCUUUGCAACAAACCAGUACCUUCACCCAAUCAAAGUAUAUGGGAGAGGCAAUAGGGCCAUGGAUGAUAUCUGGGAAGAACGCGGAGGUGCGCAGGCCUAUCUUGGCAUUGCGAUGGAUCAAUUCCCAAACUUCUUCAUGCUCUUCGGGCCAAACACCGCUACCGGCCAUACCAGUGUGAUUUUCACAACUGAAAACGCGAUCAACUACUCCCUGAAUUUUAUCAAGCCUAUUUUGGAAGGCCACGUCAACACAUACGAAAUUAGGGAGGAUGCUCAGCUGACGUGGACGCAGCGAGUACAGGAUAAGUUGCAAGAUACGGUCUUCGGUCGUGGUAGUUGUACAAGCUGGUACAUCACCUCAGGCGGCUGGAACUCUUCUACCUACCCAUGGAGCCAAAUCCACUACUGGUACUGGUGCAAAUUCCCAGUUUGGCGGCAUUGGACUGCAAAAUUGACUCGGAAGGGUCGCACUUUACGGCGAGUUAACACAGCUGUUCGCAUCUCAAGCGUCAUUGGUAUUCUGGUGGGCCUUAUAUGGCUACGGGGAAAUUUACAGCACCGAGACCAGAUUUUGCAGACUCUGCAGGCUGGAAAAGAUUUCAUUGUGAAAAGGUUCAUCAGUUAA